UCAUGGCGGAGAAGAGAGCCGCGGCGUCGUUGGAUGAGCUGCGCGCUGCCGUGGAGCGUGAUUUCUCGAAGAAUGUGGUCGUUUCUCAUGGCCUCUUUCGAUCGCCGUAUCCGUUUGGGGCGCAUUUGUUCUGCGAGGUGGAUACAGCGACUUUGGAUCGGAAAAAAUGGGGAGAUUCAAAAAUGGAACUUGUUUUGCGUGUUAUUGCUCUUCCUCCCGGGGAUUCAGCUCCUCUAGCAGCAUUCUCCAAAUUCCUGAAAGUUCUACACAGAGAUGCAACUCUGGAAGACGCGUCCUUCGAAGCUCUCGUAUUGGCACUCGAAAAAACCAGGUUUUUCUCAAGUGGUUUGAAGGAUCUUAGUAGGAGCAAUAGUGCUGUAGAGGAAAGGGAAGGGGAUGGAGAUUAUCAACAGCGAUUACUCCAUCUCUGUCUUGGCAGUAGUCAUCCGUGCAUAGCGCCGCUCACAGGUGCGUUCCUGGGGAACGAGACUUUAUAUCUAGUUUUUCCGCCAGCCCCAUAUACGCUGCGUUCGCUCUUGCAUUUUAGCCCGGGUGCCUUGGGAGAUGACUGGCAGCUGCGGUUCUUUCUAUAUCAGAUCAUCGCUGGUUUGGCUCAUUGCCACAAGCUGGAAGUUUUUCACGGAAACAUAAAUCCAUCCAGCGUGCUCAUCACGAGCAGUAUGUGGUGCUGGCUUACAGGAUUCGCUACGACCUCUAUACGUCGUGAAGUAUUUAAUCCAACAACGGAGACUUCUCUAGUUGAAGACGAGCUCGAGUGGAGAAGCCAGUUUAAGAAGUGGUUCCGGGGAGAGCUUAGCAACUUCGACUAUCUUCUACUUCUCAACAGGCUGGCUGGAAGAAGAUGGGGGGACAGGUGCUUUCAUACGGUCAUGCCGUGGGUGAUAGACUUCACAGCAAAACCCGACCAAGAGAAUGACACUGGCUGGCGUGACUUGACGAAGAGCAAAUGGCGCUUAGCCAAAGGGGACGAGCAGCUCGACUUUACGUACGCCACUGCCGAGAUUCCACACCACGUCUCGGACGAGUGCCUUUCGGAGCUCGCGGUCUGCAUCUACAAAGCUAGAAGGCUUCCGCUGCUGGUACUUCGUCGAGUUGUGCGCUCAGUGUACGAGCCGAACGAGUACCCAGUGAACAUGCAAAGGCUGUACCACUGGACGCCGGACGAGUGCAUUCCAGAAUUUUACAGUGAUCCAGAAGUUUUCCGGUCGAUACACCAUGGUAUGGGUGAUCUUGCUGUUCCAAGCUGGGCUGAAGAUCCCGAGGACUUUAUCCGUUUACACCGUUCUGCUUUAGAGAGUGACCGUGUUUCGAGGCAGCUCCACGAGUGGAUUGAUCUCACUUUUGGUUAUAAGUUGUCGGGUGAAGCUGCUGUUCUGGCGAAGAAUGUUACGCUUUCAACUACAGCACCGAGCAUGCCGAGAUCAUCAGGACGACGGCAGCUGUUUUCGAAGCCGCAUCCUAUGCGGAUGACUUCCAGCUCCAAGAAAAACCUCUUGGAACAGCUGGAGGAGUCAGCGUCCUUUUGCAGUUCUGGAAGGAGUUUGUCUCCAUGGUAUGGUGUACCAGUGCCCGAUCCGGAAGGACACAAUUCUACAAACUCGGAUCAUCCUCCAGUUGCAUCAAACGCCUGCGAGGCGAUAUUGCGAAACGUCGCAGAGUCCGACGAGAAAGUCUGGAGUGAGCUUUUCCAGAAGCUCCAUUUCGAGCAGGACGAUGACGUCGACGACGAGAACGUAUCUUAUCAGAGACUAGUUGCAUGGCAACGUGAAGUUUCGGUGUUAAAGCCGAUCCGGGAGAGCGAGGCUGCUGACAUAUUCGGCAUCGGAUGCUUGGUUGCAGAGAUUUUUCUUCAAAAACCGCUCUUUGAUUCAACCAGUGCUGCAGUUUGGCUGGAAAGGAAAUCACUUCCAGGAACUCUAAAUCAGCUUCCACCUCACGUCCGUAUUGUCGUGGAAACAACUCUCGCCGCGGACAUCAAGAGACGGCCAAGCGCUGAGAAGUUGCUAGAGUCACCGUUUUUCCCUCCGGUAGUUCGGUCAGCUUACACAUUCCUUUCUUCGUUUCAUUUUCUAGCCAGCAACCACGACCGCCUGUUCUAUGCAGCGAAAAUGGCUCAACAGUCUGCGUUUGCUCUCAUGGGACCAGUUGCUUCCGAGCUUUGUGCACCGGCUUGUUUGUCUGUCAUCGCCCAUCCUUACAAUGAUCUCGAUCCUAUGGCAGUAAUUAUCCUGUUGAAAUCUUUGCUUCAAGUUCUCAAGCAACAGGCUUCAAGGCGUCUACUUUUGCCAGUCGUGCAAAGCAUUUUGCAAGAAAACGAUGCUGAUGCUCAGUUGAAAGCUGGAUUACUUGGAUCUUCAUUCAUCAGAAACUUGAGACGGCUCCUUGGCACACACGUGUAUUUGCAGCACUUCCACUCGCUUAUAGUGCUCAGUGUUCUACGUUCGCCCGAAAGCCAGCAAGCGAGUGCAGCAUCACUUGUUUUGGUGGACACUUGCCAAGAGUUGGGAUUGCCAGUCACACUGAACCAGACAAUUCUGCCACUCUUGCAGUCAUUGGGACGUGACAUCACUGUGCAUGGCGUAGAUUCUCUUGUAGAAAUCGGCGAGAAAUUUGGACCUGAGGCAAUUAUCAAGCAUUGGCUUCCACCUUUGAAGUACGUUCUCAUGCUCAGUAUUGAGCCAUUAACACAUAAGACUGCUCCAACACAAAGCUGGCGUUUAUUGGCAGCGGCUGAUGCCUUGACCGUGUUAAGUCGUCUCGUAUUGCUAUUGAAUCCAGUUUCCGUAUCGAGAGAGUUAUUGCAGGAACCUAACAAUUUCCUCUACAAAAUUUUCCAGCAAAAGAAUUUGCCACAUCGCUUUCGUCAGUCCGCAGCAAAAAGUAUUUUAGCCGCUUGUAGACGAAGUGGACCAGAGCUUACUUUUCUACACGUCAUGCCGCAAUUCAAAGAGUUCUUUCAUGCCCUUGCGUACAGCAACAUUUCCGAGGAACUGGACCUUGCAUAUUUGUUGUAUUCUGAAUUGGCAUCACUCUUGGGAAUUGAGAGAGUUCGUCAGUCUUUCCCGACAUGGCUUGUUCUGGAACAAAGCCUUGCAAAGAAAUAUGAUUGGAAGUGGACAGACACUAGCAGACAUUUCACUCAUUCUACAGAAGCUUUGCCCGUAGAAGAGUCUUCAAACACUGGAAGCUUUAGUCCUGCCAACCUCCUACUCAAUGGUGUAGGAUGGUCUAUUCCGCAAUCCCAGGCUGCAAAGUGGACGGGCUCUUUUACUUCUCGCAACCAAGAUCAAGAAUUAGUCGUGAAACCAAACGAGGAGCCAUGGUUCUGGGUGCCGACUCAUGACGAAACUCGUGGUGGUGCCGAGUCAAACAACAAGAGUAGAAUUGGAGUGGCGCAUGCCGGUACGAAAGACGAGCAGUCAUGGAAGCUAAAUGGGAUCGUCGCACAUUCCUGGCGUGCUCAUAGUGGCACUGUAAAAGUCUCACGACUUGGAGGCGACGAGACUGUGAUUUUUUCGGCUGGUGGUUUACGUGGAAGAUCUGUCGUUCGAAAGUGGGACCUCUCAUCUGCAGAAUGUAUCACGGAGUAUUCUGGUCACGAAGAGGCCGUGAACGAUAUAUGUGUCUUUCAAGGAUUCGAAAGAGUUGGCUCGUGUGAUGGUAUGCUUCACAUCUGGAAUUCCGAAACAGGAAAACGUUUGGCCCUGCUGGAUGAAACUUCAAUCUCCGGUUCUUUGAGACAGAGUGAAGUUGCUGAUAUGAGCUUGACGAAUGGGACACUAUCCGCUGGAAAUGCUUACACCUUCAUGCAUUUCAUGGAGGCAGAGACGAAGCUUGCGAUUGGAACGACUAAUGGCCAUCUCAGGUUUGUAGAUCCUGUUACAAGUCGCCAGCUGUUUUCCUGGCGCUGUGAAACUUCAUCAGAAACCUCAGUUUCUUCGUUCGUCUCGUCGGUGACAUCUUCGUCUCGAGAAGCCCCUGAAGAGAAAUCGAAGUCUUUCUCUUCUUGGAUAGGCGUCGGUUUCAAUUCUGGACAUUGCAGUAUUCUUGAUGCCAGAAGUGGAAGUGUGAUUGGAAGCUGGCGAGCUCAUGGAGCUGAAAUCACAAACCUUGCGCCCCUGGAGGAGUAUUAUCUCGUUUCUAGCUCCUUGGACAAAACACUAUCAGUAUGGGAUCUCCGGAAAAGCUGGCCCCUUCAGCUACAGACGUUUCAAGGCCACAGAGACGCAGUGGCGAGCUUCGCUUUGUGGGGAGGCAACAUACUCUCAGCUGCUGGAAACAAGAUUGGAGUUUCCUCGUUUUCGAAACUGGGUCAUUCCAGUCAAAAAGUAACGCCUAGAAAAGUCUAUCUUCCGAAUCGCAGUGGCAGAAAUCUGUCAACGAUUCACACCAUCAGCGUGCUGCCAUUUUCACGCCAGUUUAUCAUCGGCACCGAGGAUGGUCACUUGAAGAUCUGUGUUUAAAGAGAACGCUAUCUUCGACUUUGGUGGUUUAUGGAUUAUCUGUCUGGAGGAGGAUUGGCGACGGCGAG